CCUAAUAAUGAUUUGUGACUAACAAUAGUUGGUCUGCUGCUCUUUAAACAAUCAACAACAAGCAAAAUUUUAUCAUGGACGAAUUCCAGGAACAAUUUAAGAAAUUUUGCAAAUUCGGAGAUACAAAAAGUAAAGGAGACGCCAUUACUCUUACAAGCACCGAUAAAUGGUUCAGACAGGCUAAAUUCUUUGAUAAACCUAGUAACAUCACCGGUGCCGAUACAGCAAUAUACUUCAACAAGAUUGCCAAAGGAAAGAAAACUUUAUCAUACAAAGAAUUCCUGGAAUAUUUAGAUACUUUGGCAAAAGCCAAGAAGAUGGAUAUAGACGAAGUUAAAGUUAAAUUGUUGUUGUGUGGUGAUCCCGGAACAACUAGCACAACCGCAGCAGUCAAGGUCGGGGCUGUGGAUCGUCUAACAGACACUUCGGCUUAUACGGGAACUCAUAAAGAAAGAUUCGAUGCAUCCGGUAAAGGUAAAGGCAUCGAAGGAAGGCAAGAAAGAGCAGAAAAUACAGGAUACGUUGGUGGAUAUAAAGGAGCCGGGACUUACGACAAAAGCCGUAAAAAAAACUGAUUAAAAAUCUGAAACCGAAUUUGUAAUGUCUCAAUCAUCAAAAUUUUUUAAUCCUUUAAUUUUAUAUUAUGGAAAUUAAUCAUAAUUAAAUAAAAAGAGAUUACAAAAUUCUCAGAAAUUAUGCGUAUUAUUUGUGAGCUGCACGAAAUAUAUUUAUCAAAAUUCCAUGUAAAAUAUAUAAAAUAUGGACAUAAUUAGAUAAUA